AUGUCCAACCAGGACUUCAAGCAGGCGCCGCACAAGCUCCUCGUUAUCCCGGGUCCUAUCGAGUUCGCCGACCCCGUACUGCUUGCCAAUGCGACACCGGGGACAUCGCACGUCUCCCCGGCGUUCAUCCCGGUCUUUGGUGACUGUCUGAGGAUGCUCAAGAAGGUGCUGUAUGCCGAGAAGGAGGGGAAUCAGAGCGUGUUGAUUAGUGGCAGCGGGACGAUGGGGUGGGACGCUGCGGCCGCCAACUUGCUCGAGCAGGGGGAUGAGGCUGUCGUUCUCAACACUGGCUACUUUGGCGACUCCUUCGCCGAGUGUCUCGGGGUGUACGGCGCCAAGGUCACCCAGGUCAAAUGCCCCGUCGGCGGCGUUCCCACAGACGAGCAGAUUAUCGAGUCGCUCAAGUCUCAGCCCAAGAUGAUUACCAUCACCCACGUCGACACAUCUACCGGCGUCCUCUCCCCCGCCGCCCACAUCUCCUCCCUCGUCAAGAAACACUCCCCCUCGACGCUCAUCGUCCUCGAUGCCGUCUGCGCCGUCGCGUCCGAGGAGAUCCGGUUCGACGACUGGGGCCUCGACAUGGUCAUCUCCGCCACGCAGAAGGGAUUGGGCACGCCCCCUGGUCUGUCCGUCUGCGUCAUUUCCAGGCGCGCAGUUGAGACGCUCGCAGCGCGCAAGACACCGGUACCGAGCUAUUAUAUCAGCUGGAACAAGUGGUUGCCGGUCAUGAAGGCUUAUGAGGAGGGUCGGCCAAUGUACUUUGCGACUCCCCCCGUACAGCUCGUGUACGCCCUCCACGCCUCUCUCAAGUCUAUCACGACCCAGUCUCCCUCCCUCGAAGAGCGGUUCGCGCAGCACAAGGCCGUCUCCAAGCAGGUCAAGGACAAGCUCACUGAUCUGGGUUUCGGAUUCGUCCCCACGUCAAGAGAUCACGCUGCGAAUGGGAUGACGGCGGCCAAGUAUCCCAAGGGGAUUGCGGCGGCUGAUAUCUUGCCUAAGCUUGCCGAGAAAGACAUUGUGGUGGCUGCAGGUCUGCACAAAGCGAUCGCGUCGGAAUACUUUAGGAUUGGGCAUAUGGGCGUGACUGUCACGGAUAAGGAGAGGGGAGAUGUGGACAAGGUGCUCAAAGGGAUUGAGGAGGUUUUGAAGGCCAAGAAGCAGGAUUGA